GGAAUGCAAAGUGCAAGAGGGUCUGUACUAUUGUUUGCAGAUGCAGAUGGAGCCACCACUUUUGCAGAUAUAACAAAGGUUGAAGAUGGUCUUUUUAGUUUAGUUAAUUGCGAUUAUCAAAAAGACCCUUCAAAAGUAGAAGAAAAACUGGCGAUCUCAAUGGGUUCCAGAGCUCACCUUGAAGAAGAAGCGGUUGCUUCUAGGAGCUUCUUCAGGACAAUCCUGAUGCAUGGUUUUCACUUUCUUGUGUGGCUGUUUGCUGUGAGGGUUUGAGAGAUACUCAAUGCGGUUUUAAGUUGCUUACUAGAGAAGCCGCAAGAAUUUGUUUUGAAAGUUUACAUGUUGAAAGAUGGGCGUUUGACGUUGAGAUGUUGUAUAUUGCACAAACUUUGAAAAUUCCUAUUGCCGAAGUGGCUGUGAGAUGGACUGAAAUCGACGGAUCCAAAGUUACCCCGGUAUGGAGUUGGAUCCAAAUGGGAAUGGAUUUAGGACUGAUUUGGUUAAGAUACACCAUCGGAGCAUGGAAGAUAAAAUCAGAGAAAAGCGAUUAAAGAUGGUUGAAGUGCAUUUAACUAGAUGUAAUAGCUUUUUAUUUAAUUUUAGAUAAUAAAUUUAUAUCUUUA